AUGUUGAUUCCCAAGGCCGACCGCAAGAAGAUCCACGAGUACCUCUUCCGUGAGGGUGUCCUCGUGGCCCAGAAGGACUUCAACCUGCCCAAGCACCCUGACAUCGACACCAAGAACCUGUUCGUCAUCAAGGCUUGCCAGUCCCUCAACUCCCGCGGAUAUGUCAAGACCCAGUUCUCCUGGCAAUACUACUACUACACCUUGACCCCCGAGGGUCUCGACUACCUCCGCGAAUGGCUACACCUGCCCGCCGAGAUCGUUCCUGCCACCCACAUCAAGCAGCAGCGAUCACACGCUCCUCCCCGUGGCAUGCUCGGCGAGGGUGAGCGCGAGCGACGACCCUUUGGCCGUGGCCGUGGCGGUGACCGUGGCGACCGUGGCGACCGUGGCGACCGUGAGGGUGGAUACCGACGACGAGAUGCUGGCGAGGGCAAGGAGGGUGGUGCUCCUGGCGAGUUUGCUCCUCAAUUCCGUGGUGCUGGUCGUGGACGUGGCGCUGCUCCCCCAUCCUAA